CAUUAACUCCAUCCCCUAUUCUCUCUCUCUCCCUCUCUAUCUAUCUCUUUCAUCACUGUCCUCCAUAGUAUGUAUCUAUAUAUAGUCCCAUCUAUCCACCAUUCUUUUUACUGUUCUACAAAAAGCUAAUAAAGAAGCCCUGUGAUACCCACUGCCACCAAAGCAAAGCCCAACCCCAUUUCCUGCCCCCACUCCCCUUCUUAAUACCAUUUUGCCGUUUUCCUUUCACACUUUCCAAACCAAACAAGCCUUUCUUCUAGGUUUUGAGGGAAAAUGGCUGGGAAAGAUGAUGAUGGGUUGAGCUUAGGUUUGAGCUUGAGUUUAGGAAGUGGAAAAAAUGCUGCAAAUAAUAAUGAUAAAAAUAAUCAAACCCUUUUUCCCAUGCACAAGCCUCCUCAAUCCACCUCAAAUCAAAGGGCUUCCUUCAAUAACUUGUUCCCUUUUCAUGAUCGGAGCUCCGAGAUGAGGUUGUUCCUCCGCGGAAUAGACUCGAACUCACAACGGCCGUCGACGACCGUGGCGGUGCCGGCGGUGGCAUGCGAUGACGAGAACGGCGUUUCAUCACCGAACAGCACGGUGUCGAGUAUCAGCGGGAAGCGGAGCGAGAGAGAGGGCAACGGAGACGAGCACGAGGCCGCUGAGAGGGCGUCGUGUUCUCGGGGAAGCGAGGACGAUGAUGGCGGAGGCGGUGACGGCGAUGGUGACACUUCAAGGAAGAAGCUGAGGUUGUCGAAGGAGCAGGCUUUGGUGCUGGAAGAAACCUUCAAGGAACAUAACACCCUAAAUCCAAAACAAAAGCAAGAAUUGGCAAAGCAAUUGAACCUGAUGCCUAGACAGGUGGAGGUGUGGUUUCAAAACAGAAGGGCAAGGACCAAGUUGAAGCAAACUGAAGUGGAUUGUGAAUACUUGAAGAGAUGCUGUGAGAAUCUAACUGAGGAGAAUAGGAGGUUGCAAAAAGAAGUGCAAGAGCUUAGAGCUCUGAAAUUAUCCCCACAGCUCUACAUGCAAAUGAAUCCUCCCACCACUCUUACCAUGUGCCCUUCGUGUGAGCGUGUUGCUGUCUCAUCUGCAUCCUCAUCCUCAUCACCCAGCGUUCCCUCUGCCCCGGCUCCCGCUAAUCGCAACCCCUUAGGCUCAAGCAUCCAGCGACCGGUACCUAUCAACCCUUGGGCUGCAAUGUCUAUCCAACAACACCGUCCUCGACCAUAAUUGUUGACUCCUGACCCAUUGUUAACUUCUAGGCCAGGACAUUUUAGUUGUUAAGCAGAAAUGAAUCAAUGCAAUAGUGCAAGUAAGUGUUGAUUUACCAAUACUUGAGGUUAUGACUUUCGUUAACUCUUCACUCUAGGCUUACUUUAUUUUUGGCCUAGAUUAAAACAUGUUUUAGUGAACUUUAGGAUCUGUAAAGUUAUGGACAUGUGAAAGUAGGUUGUGUUUUCAUAUGCUGAAUAGCUUUUGUUAACCUUGAAAAGAUGAAAAAGAGAAUCCGAAUCUGUUUUUUUUAUCUUUUCUUCUUUAGCUUCAUAGGAUUUGUCAUACAACUUGCUGGGAAAAGGUGGGAUUUUGUGCUAGAUUGGAGAGGGGACAAAUUAAGGGGAGUCUCAAUUAGAAAUGAUUUUUGUCCAUCUUUUGUUUGGAUUCUCAAUCUGUUUGGUCGGCACACUUGAACAUGGGUUGGGUGAGUCAGAUUGUGGGCUCAACUUUGGCUCCUUCUGUACAUCAUUCUCCUUAAGAUGUGUAUUUCCAAUACCAUGUAGCAAGAGCUGGCAGUGAACAAAGGUUAUGUGGCAAGCACUAGUUACAGUGCCUUUGAAAGUUGAGAUUGAAAUGUUUGGAUACCAGUGGGAUCGGUGCUAACGGGCAUUAACAAUCACUUCGAAACAAAAAGUGAAUGAAACUCUUCUUAUGAAUUGAGAUGAAUACACUCUUUGUGACUGGUAUUCAAAUACACUAACAAGCACAUCAAAAGGUAGGACGGGCGCCCAUAUUCAAGUUUAGCAUUUUGGAACAUUGGCCGAUCCUGUUUUUUAAUGUCUCUCUUUUCUUUUGAUGAGCUAAUUGGCUGAAAUUGAUUUAAUUGUUUCGAUUCAUAUUAUAUUUUAUAUCCAAAGAUUAGUUAAAGAAAACUUAUGUCUGAAGAAUUAUGCAACUUUGGACCAACUCCUUCAUGGCGUCAAUGACAAUUAUGCUUCCUUGCUUGAAUAAGGUUUUUUCCUAGGUUGAUAGGAGUGUCAAUUGAAUCUUGGCAUUUUCUGGAAUCCAAAUGCUCUUGCAAUUCAAUGAAAGCAUUUUGUACCCACUUCACACGGUUGAGGUUGAUCUCUUGGAAAGACACCUCUAACUAAACCCAAUUCUUCUAGGCACUGCACUCAUUGUGGAUGCUCCAAUCAGAUGGUGAAACAUGCCUUUUGUGUCAGAUUUCCACCUGGCUACAAAUUAAGAAAAUAUGUUAACCAUGUUGCCAUUUAACAGGGCGAGCAUAUUCCAUCUGCUCUUAUUGAAUCCCCUUUGUUACGUUUAACAAUAGAACAAAUUGAAGGCUUGCUGGCAGUGCCUACUCCAAGUUAUGAUGCAGUUCAGUCUACUCCAGUUGUUGCUUCACUUUGGCCUACACCACCUACUGCUGUUGGAUCUUCUUCACAUGUUGCCGUUGAUUUUUCUGCUUCCCCUAUGAUUUCCUUAUCAUACUUAUGGACAUGACUAUGAUGAUGAUGUCAGAAAAUUACUAGGGGUUGUGGUUGUUGACUUGUUGGUAAUAUACGAAUGGCUUUGACUCAAUUUAACUAUAUUGGUAACAAC